CUCUAUGGCCCCGGGGGAGCGCGCCGCCGCCGCCGCCGCGCCGCCCACCGCCAGCCGGAGCCCGAGCGCCGGCGGGAGGAGGAGGGGAGUCCCGGGCGCCGCCGGCCCCGGCCCAGGGGCCCGCCCGCGGCCCCCGGCCCCGCCGCGGGGAAGGGGAGGCGGGUAGCCGGCUGGCGCGAGGACCCCCGCGGCGAGCAGGGCCCGCCGGGGACCGCGAAGCCCACGGCCAGGCAGGAGAGCAGCCGCCCGCCCGCCCCCGGCCGCAGCCCCACCGGGGCCCUCCCCUGGCGGCGCGCACCGGCGCGCGCACACCCGCACACGGGACCGCCGCCGCCGCCCGGCCCCGCCGGCCCCCGCGAGCGCCGCACCCCCCGGGGCCGAAUGCCAUGGGCAACAACUUCUCCAGUAUCCCCUCUCUGCCCCGGGGAAACCCGAGCCGGGCGCCGCGGGGCCACUCCCAGAACCUCAAAGACUCCAUUGGGGGCCCUUUCCCUGUCACCUCUCACCGAUGCCACCACAAGCAGAAGCACUGCCUGCCGGUGCUGCCCGGCGGGGGGCUCCCGGCCACGCCACUGCUCUUCCACCCACACACCAAGGGCUCCCAGAUCCUCAUGGACCUCAGCCACAAGGCCGUCAAGAGGCAGGCCAGCUUCUGCAAUGCCAUCACCUUCAGCAACCGCCCGGUCCUCAUCUACGAGCAAGUCAGGCUAAAGAUCACCAAGAAGCAGUGCUGCUGGAGCGGGGCCCUGCGGCUGGGCUUCACGAGCAAGGACCCGUCCCGCAUCCACCCUGACUCGCUCCCCAAGUACGCCUGCCCUGACCUGGUGUCCCAGAGCGGCUUCUGGGCCAAGGCGCUGCCUGAGGAGUUUGCUAACGAGGGCAACAUCAUCGCCUUCUGGGUGGACAAGAAGGGCCGCGUCUUCCACCGCAUCAACGACUCAGCCGUCAUGCUCUUCUUCAGCGGAGUCUGCACGGCCGACCCGCUCUGGGCCCUGGUGGACGUCUACGGCCUCACGCGGGGCGUCCAGCUGCUUGACAGCGAGCUGGCGCUGCCCGACUGCCUGCGGCCGCGCUCCUUCACCGCGCUGCGGAGGCCGUCGCUGCGGCGCGACGCGGACGAGGCGCGCCUCUCGGUGAGCCUGUGCGACCUCAACGUGCCGGGCGCCGACGGCGACGAGGGCGCGCCCGCCGCCGGCUGCCCGAUCCCGCAGAACUCGCUCAACUCGCAGCACAGCCGCGCGCUGCCCGCGCAGCUCGACGGCGACCUCCGCUUCCACGCGCUGCGCGCCGGCGCGCACGUCCGCAUCCUCGACGAGCAGACGGUGGCGCGCCUGGAGCACGGGCGCGACGAGCGCGCGCUCGUCUUCACCAGCCGGCCGGUGCGCGUGGCCGAGACCAUCUUCGUCAAGGUCACGCGCUCGGGCGGCGCGCGGCCCGGCGCGCUGUCCGUGGGCGUCACCACGUGCGACCCGGGCUCGCUGCGGCCCGCGGACCUGCCCUUCAGCCCCGAGGCCCUGGCGGACCGCAAGGAGUUCUGGGCCGUGUGCCGCGUGCCCGGGCCCCUGCACAGCGGCGACAUCCUGGGCCUGGUGGUGAACGCCGACGGCGAGCUGCACCUCAGCCACAACGGCGUGGCCGGCGGCAUGCAGCUGUGCGUGGACGCCUCGCAGCCGCUCUGGAUGCUCUUCGGCCUGCACGGGGCCGUCACGCAGAUCCGCAUCCUCGGCUCCACCAUCCUGGCAGAGCGGGGUGUCCCGUCACUCCCCUGCUCCCCUGCCUCCACGCCAACCUCGCCCAGCGCCCUGGGCAGCCGCCUCUCCGACCCCUUGCUCAGCACGUGCAGCUCUGGACCUCCGGGGAGCUCUGCUGGCGGGACGGCCCCCAACUCACCAGUAAGCCUGCCUGAGUCGCCAGUGACUCCAGGCCUGGGCCAGUGGAGUGAUGAGUGCACCAUUUGCUAUGAACACGCGGUGGACACGGUCAUCUACACGUGUGGUCACAUGUGCCUCUGCUACGCCUGUGGCCUGCGGCUCAAGAAGGCCCUGCACGCCUGCUGCCCCAUCUGCCGCCGCCCCAUCAAGGACAUCAUCAAGACCUACCGCAGCUCCUAGCCCGCCGCAGCGGCCCACCCUGCACGCCCACCUCCCGACUUCAGUCCAGCUCUGGCUGGGGGGCAGACCGGCAGGGCCCUUUCUCUUCCUCAUUUUGGAAACUUUUUCCUUCUCCAUUAAAUAUGGGAAACUGAGGCCCCUUUCCUUGGGGGAAAAGGAGUGUCAGGCAAGGAGGUGGAGGGCAGAGGGGAAGGGAGGAGGCUGCACUUUCCCUCUAUCUCCCUUCUCUGCACCCAUUCCCUGCAUGCUGAGGGGCUAAACUGGGGUCUCGGCCUGUUCUAAUCCUUCCCCAUCUGGGGCGGAUUUCUAGAAGGCACCUUUGUGAGAAUUGGAAAACAUGCGCCUUCCUCGGAGCAGAUAGCUCUGAGCCAGGUCACGCAGCUUGGCUAGUGGAGUGUGGACUGGGAUUUAGCCCUCGAGCAGUGCACAACCUGCUCAACUGCAGCCCUGCCUUGGGCAGACAGCUCCUGAGCUGCUGUCUCCCUCUCUGACCUCUGGCCACCUUCUCUUUCCUUUCUACCCUGCCCACUGGGCCUGGCAGCUGGGGGUGAGAAGGCCAGCGGAUCCUUCCAACCAGCAGGCUGCAGCCUCCACUCCAUGUCUCUCUCCCACCCACACAGAUGGGUGGAUGGAUGGCUGCAGAGGGCUCUGGGUUCUGGGUCCCUGGCCCCAGCCCUGGCUGAGAUGAGGAGGAUUCCUUCCUGGCUGUAGCCUUCCCGCCCCAGUCAUCUCGCCGGAUGUCGUUGCCCUGAGGUAGCUGUUUGGUGUGGGCUGCGUUCUGUCAGGGUCUCCAAGAACCGGUGUGCAGCCGCCCUCUCUGACCCGUCCUCCUGCAGCUCAGCGCCGGCCUGGGCCUGGGCUCAUGCUCAGAGGCUGUGGAUGCCCGGGAGGGGCCAGGGCCCUGGGUUGGAAGGGGAGGAGAGGAAGCCACCAUCCCGUUAUCCCUGGGUUGGGUGAGUAGCUUCCCUGGGCUGAGACCAGCCUUUUCCUUUUAUUUAUUUAUUUAUUUGGUUUGUGGGUUUGGGGGGUUUUGUUUGUGGGUUACGUUCCCCGGGCCCCUAGAGCUGCUCUCUGGGUGUGUGGGGUGCCUGGCGAGAGGGGACAGUGGAGGUGGUCAGCAUUCAGUGUCCUCCCCAGACUCCAGCCACAGCUCACAGCCACCCUGCUAACCAUGGAUGGGAACUCCAUAAAAAAGGGUCAAAUUGGGAGGCCUCUUGGCAUAUUGGAUCCAUUUCACAGAGAGGCAGACUGAGCCCCUUAGUGCCCUGGGGCUGGUGGAUCACCCAGAGCCACAAAGUGCCCUUCCUGCCUGGGCUGGGUCAUCACGGUUGGCUCAGGUAGAUCAGGUGGCCCACAGCGACGUGAAGAGUUCCAGGCACGCUGGGCGAGGGCCAGGAAACGGGACUGGGGGACCGUGUCAUGGUGGCCAGGGAGCCUGCUCCUAGGGAAGGCUCUGCACGUGUGGGCACGCGGGGCAGGGAAGGGCUGGCGCCCAGCACCUCUGGGUUCUGGGGAGGGAGCGCCCCCACCUACUCUUAGGUUACAGUCAUCUCAGCCCUGCCCGCCCUGUCCUGGGUGCCCCCAGUCCCCUGCCCCAUCAGAUGGCUUUUUUUAUUUUUUAUUUUUUUUUGCGCCUUCCAGAGACUGCUUCUCCCCGUGACAGGCAGGGCAUGGGGUUUUAGUCCUGGCCACCGACCAGUUGCGUGGCCCUGGCUGGGUCACAGCCCCUCUGAACCCAGCCCCACCUCUGUCAAACCGUUGUUCGGGGGAGGGGAGCAGACUUUCUGUGCGACUGGUGGGAAUUCUUCGGUGAGGGGCUGACGUGGGAUGGUGUGGCCUCGCAGUGGACGCUAAGGGAAGCCACCAUUCCCGUGGGUCUCUGCUCCCCCGGCACGGACCCUGGGAGACCCCUUCUGUGGGCGCGGGGUGGGCUCCACCACGUCAGGGUCCUGUCCCAGGGCAAAGGAAGGUCUUCAGCGCAGGGGCCCGAGGGUGGGGAGAGGAAGCCAUCGUCCCAUCGUCAGUGCAGGGCUCGCUGCUCUUCCUCUGUGAACUCGGGUCGCUGUGGUUGUGAAUAAAGGUGAUUUCGUACCAGCC